AUUUGAACCAAUGGUUCUUCAUGUAAACUGCCGUUGACGUGAGUUUGGAAGGUUGUGCCAUGACCAGAAAGAGUGUUCUCGGGCAUUGAAUUGAUGAACUGCACUGUGAGUGUUCAACCACGAAGGUAGCGGUGGAAGUGGUAGUUUCUCUUACCCAGUGAAAGAGGUUGCAGUGAAGGCAGACCUGGCGUUGAUACUAAACGUGCAACGUCCGGGUAAACUGGUCGCUUCGAGUUGUUUGAAUUACAAUGGUUCGUCACGGUCGGAGGCAUCAAAUAGCAGUAAUCCCCAACAAAAGUCGAGCAGGAUUCUGAAACUUUCAACUACGGACUGCUAUGCUGAUUCCAGCCUGCUGAAGAAUUAAAAGGUCCAUUAUUACACAAAAUUGCGGCACCCUUUAUGAUCCAAAUUAAUUUUUUGCAGAGAAAACCAUGAUGCUGAGCUUUGUAGGUAGUCAACAUCCUCAUACUUGUGGAGCCUGUAUUUUAAUUGCUUAACUAAGUUUUAAGUAUUCUGACUGAGCCUACUGUGGUUAUGUGGAGAACCCCUACAUUAAGCAGCUGAAUGGAUGCAAGUGAUAUUUUGGUUAGCCUGCGUGAAUAUCCCUAUCACAUCCGUUACAGAAUGGAGGCUUCCUGUUUGGAGCUAGCUUUAGAAGGUGAACGACUCUGUAAAGCAGGAGACUGUCGAGCUGGGGUAUCAUUUUUUGAAGCAGCAGUUCAGGUUGGAACAGAGGAUCUGAAAACUCUCAGUGCUAUCUACAGUCAGCUUGGAAAUGCUUAUUUUUAUUUGCAUGAUUAUUCUAAAGCUCUGGAGUACCACCAUCAUGACCUGACACUCGCAAGAACAAUUGGCGAUCGACUAGGAGAAGCUAAGGCUAGUGGCAACCUUGGCAAUACUUUUAAGGUUUUGAGGCGGUUUGAUGAAGCUAUAGUUUGCUGCCAAAGACAUCUAGAUAUUUCAAGAGAACUUUGUGAUAAGGGAGGUGAAGCAAGAGCUCUUUACAACCUUGGCAACGUAUACCAUGCUAAAAGCAAAGCACUGGCUUGUGCAGCAGCACAGGACCCAGGAAACUUUCCCGAAGAGGUGAUGGUGGUGUUACACAAAGCUUUGGAAUACUAUGAGGCAAACCUGGCAAUGGUGAAAGAGCUUGGAGACAGAGCAGCCCAGGGACGUGCUUAUGGGAAUCUGGGAAAUACACAUUAUCUUUUGGGGAACUUUAGAAAAGCAGUGCGAUCCCAUCAGGAGCGCUUAAAAAUUGCAAAAGAGUUUGGAGAUAAAUCUGCUGAAAGGAGAGCUUGCAGCAAUUUGGGAAAUGCCCAUGUCUUUCUUGGUGAAUUUGCAGUGGCUGCUGAAUAUUACAAGAGAACAUUUGAUCUGGCUCGACAACUAAGAGACAGGGCUGUGGAAGCACAAGCCUGCUACAGCCUGGGAAACACUUACACCCUGCUUCAGGACUAUGAAAAGGCCAUUGAAUACCAUCUGAAACAUCUUAUGAUAGCACAAGAACUUUGUGAUAGGAUUGGUGAAGGAAGAGCUUGUUGGAGUUUGGGAAAUGCUUAUACUGCAUUAGGAGAUCACGAACAAGCAGUGCAUUUUGCAGAGAAACACUUUGAAAUUUCAAGAGAGGUAGGGGAUAAGAGUGGUGAACUCACAGCCCGAAUGAAUCUUUCAGAUCUUCAGUUGGUGUUGGGUGUUAGCUAUAGUACAAACAGCUCUUUCUUAUCCACAAGUCAUGAAUUGGACUACAGCUAUCAAGGAGCUCGACCAAGAUUGGGCCGUCGGCAGAGUAUGGAGAAAAUGGAACUUAUGAAGUUAACACCAGAAAAGGUUCAGAAUUGGAAGAGUGAAAUUCUCAUGAAACAGAAACCUGCCCUUUGGAAACCAUCGACUAAGUUGUUGUUUAUAAACCGAUUCAGGGGAAAAAAGCAUAAAAGUAACAAUUCAUCUGCAAAAGCUUUAAAAGAUGCCAGUAAUUCUGUGGUCUUAAAUGAUGCUCAAGUCCAUACUCCAAAAAAGAAAAUCAAUUCAGAUUUAAUGGGAGAUGAAGGCUUCUUUGACUUGCUGAGUCAGUUCCAGAGUAAUCGUAUGGAUGACCAGCGAUGUUCAUUCACAGGAAAUCAGAGUUGUGCGGCGAAGGCUUUACCUGUCACAUCCACACCACCAAAACCCUUGGCUCACUCCAAAUCAGUGGUCUCACCACAGACCGAGUUUUUGGACCUGCUUGCUAGUUCCCAGAGCCGUCGAUUAGAUAAUCAACGUGCUAGCACUGGCAAUCUUCCUGGCUUGCGACUGAGCAGGUAUAAUAACCACACUAUUCACAGUCAGCUGAUCAGUGGUGACAGCAUGGAACCAGAUGAUCCUUUCUUUGACAUGCUACUAAAAUGUCAAGGCUGUAGGCUGGAUGACCAGAGAUGUACGCCUCCACAAUUUACACAGAAGUGUGUAACUGUUCCCGAUGAAGACUUUUUUAGCCUGAUCGUACGAUCUCAGGCCAAACGGAUGAAUGAACAACGUGUUACACUUUGUUCCAGUGAGGGAACAAAGUAAAAUCGAUC